CUUGGGCUUUUCUUUUAAUGUCAAACCAUAUUCUUUGCCUGUAACUAACUGUCGUCAUCCCAAAAAUUAUAUUAUUCAAGAACAAAAUAUACAAUUUUAUUUUCCUCUGGAAGUGAAUAUAUAAAAUUAUAAUGCUAGACCCUCGCCAACUUCAGUGCUCAUUCAGAUGUCUUGUGGACAACACUGAAUUAAUUAAAUUCCACAAAAUGUCCACAGACGAGGCGCAAGUGCUUGGAAGAGAUAAGAAGGCUUCAAGAAAGUGGCUAUAUUGUCUGACAAUUCUUGAGAUCUUGUUGCUCCUGACAGCGGGCUAUCUUAUAUAUCGCUCUGCUAAGUUUCACAUGAUCAGUCGCAAAGACUGGGGUGCUGUGGAGCCCAUUUACAAGAAUCUUCUCGGUUUACCAGUUCCAAAUGUGGUUAUUGAUGAGAAUCCUUUUGAAUGCAACACUACGGAAUCCUGUAUUUUUUAUUUAAAAGAACUACAGCAUUAUCGCAUUGAAUCCACAUUAUUCGCGGACAUCGACAGCAAUUUUUAUAUAGGCGGCGAUGGUUUGAUCUAUGAAGGAACUGGCUGGCAUAUAAAUCCAAUGCCAAUGGGUAUUGUUUACCAUGAAGUUUCAUAUAUUUCUAUUUGUGUUUUGGGUAAACUGAACAAAAUGGAGACAGUACAACGACAGUACAAUGCCAUUAGGCGCCUGGCGGCGGAAGGAGUGCGUCUGGAAAAUAUCGAACCAGACUAUAACCUCUAUAGCCGUCAUCAGUUUGAUAAAAACGGAAAUACUGGCUCAAUGUUAUAUGAUCUUAUACAAAAGUCAAACCAUUUUUCAACUAAUAUCAGUUGGCUCUACCCAAAAUUUUAGGAAAAGAAGAAGGUUUAAAGUUUGCAAAUGUUUUUUUCUUAUUAAACAUUUACCUUAACAAAAAAAAUUAAAUGUUUAAUAAAAUAGAAAGUUAAAAUUCUAUUCCCGAACAUAAAAAAAUGCAAAAGGACUAACUAGAUUUGUAUUCUAAAAAUAUCCCAAGUUAAAACUUUAUUGGAAAAACGUAGAAACACAAUAAAAACCCUUUGUAAUCCUUUUAAUAAUACCUUUGCCAAAUCUUUAAUAAAUCUUAAUGAUUUCUCAGCA